UUUUUUUUUUUUUUGGUCUUCCUUUCUCUCUGUAUCCUUUGUCUCUCUCAGUUGUGUCCCAUUAUUAUGUUUGGGCAAUCCAAUGUGUAAGAUCUUCAACAUUAAGUUAGGCCAGAGGCAGAGACAAACACCGAUUCGUGAACCAGCAAUUUAGGGCUGGAUUUUGAAAUUUCAAUUCAGAUUGUAACUUGAUUCAUCAAACACACUUGAAAAGGAAAAAAAAUGGCGAAUAAUAAUAAUAUAAAGACAAUAACGGAUCUAUUCGAUGCAUAUUUCAAAAGAGCAGAUUUAGAUGGAGAUGGUCAGAUCAGUGGAGCUGAAGCUGUCGCUUUUUUUCAAGGCUCUGGUUUGCCCAAACAAGUCCUUGCGCAGGUGUGGACGUAUGCUGAUCAGAGAAAAGCUGGCUUUCUGAGUAGACAAGAGUUCUAUAAUGCUCUUAAGCUUAUUACUGUGGCUCAAAGUAAGCGAGAUCUGACUCCGGAAAUGGUUAAGGCAGCAUUGUAUAGUAAUGCUUCAGCCAGCAUACCUGCUCCUCAGAUAAACCUUGCUGCCACACCUGCUCCUAGACCAGCAAUGCCUGCUCCUGCUCAGAUUGCUGGCUCCACGUCAAUGGUGCCUCAAAAUGUUGGCAUAAGACCACCACAGGUGCCUGGUAAUGCAAGUACAAACCAGCAGUAUUUCCCAACUCAGCAAAACCAGUUUAUGAGGCCACCCCAUGGUAUGCCUGUUAACUCUUUGCCAAAUCCACAACAAAUUCCUGCAAGCCAGGGUAUGGCUAGGGGCAGUAACAUGACUGCUCCCCGCCCUCCAAUUCCAAAUGUCCCAACUGGUGGAAACAUGAGUAUUACGAAUACCCAAAAUCAAACCGCCGGAGUUAGUACACAUGUAACUCGUGAUGGAUUUGGACUAAUGGCAUCUGGUGUGACGCGAUCUGCACAGCCUAGACCACAGGUGAUAACUGGACAAACAUCUUCUUCUACUCCAAAUGUUCAAGAGGCUGGUGCUCCCUCCAACCAAUUAGCAACAAAAGAUUCUAAAGUUUCAGGGAAUGGAUUUGCCUCUGAUUCAUUUUUUGGAGAUGUAUUUGCUGUAUCUCCUGCUCAACCAACACAAAAUUCCUCAUCAGGUGCACUGUCCGCCAAUGUCUUACCUGUGUCUUCAGCAAUGGUUACAUCUUCUGUUGGGUCCCAGUCUCCAGUUAAUCCAAAGCCCCUUGACACAUUGCAGAGUGCAUUUUCUCAGCUAUCUGCGGGUGGCCAACCUGCAGCUCGAACUUCUUCUGUUACUCCUGGUCCUGGAUAUUCUGUUGGAACAGGAAAUUCAGCUUCCAAUCAAUCACAACCUCCAUGGCCAAAAAUGACUCACUCUGAUAUUCAGAGAUAUAUAAAAGUAUUUGUGGAAGUGGACACAGAUAGAGACGGAAAAAUUUCUGGUGAACAGGCACGCAACCUGUUCUUGAGUUGGAGGUUGCCAAGAGAGGUCUUAAAGCAGGUGUGGGACUUAUCUGAUCAAGACAAUGACAGCAUGCUGUCUUUGAGGGAGUUCUGUAUUGCUCUUUAUUUGAUGGAGCAUUCCAGAGGAACACGCGCUCUUCCUGCCACACUUCCAAACUCUGUUAUGGCCAUUGAUGCUUUGUUGUCUACCACCGGCCACCCCACAGCUUCACAUGGAAGUGGAGCUUGGGGAUCAGCAUCUGUUUUGAGGCCACCGGCUGUGCCAGCUCCGCGGCAACUGCAAGCUGUGCCUGGUCCACGGCAAACACCUGCUGCUGCAGCGAGGCCACCAAGGCCACCAUCUCAUGCGGAUGAAAGACAGCCCAAUCAGCAAAAGCCCAAAGUUCCUGUGCUGGAAAAGCAUCUUGUUGAUCAACUCAGUCAAGAAGAGCAGGAUUCUCUGAAAUCCAAGUUUGAAGAGGCAGCCCAGGCUGAUAAAAAGGUUGAGGAGUUGGAGAAGGAAAUAGCAGAUUCUAGACAGAAAAUCGAGUUCUAUCGUGUUAAAAUGCAGGAACUUAUAUUCUAUAAAAGCCGAUGUGACAAUCGACUUAAUGAGGUAUCUGAAAGGGUGAUUGCUGAUAAACGUGAGGUGGAGGCGUUAGGUAAAAAGUAUGAGGAGAAAUAUAAGCAGACUGGGGAUGUGGCUUCUAAAUUAACUAUUGAAGAGGCUACAUUUCGUGAUUUUCAGGAGAGAAAAAUGGAUUUAUAUCGGACGAUUGUUAAGAUGGAAGAAGGAGGGACUGAUGAUGGGGUUCUGAAGGAGCGUGCUGAGCGUAUACAGUCAAGUCUUGAGGAAUUAGUAAAAAAUGUGAAUGAACGGUGUAAACAAUAUGGGUUGCGUGCCAAGCCGAUCUCUCUAGUUGAGCUUCCUUUUGGCUGGCAGCCUGGAAUACAAGAAGGAACAGCUGAUUGGGACGAAGACUGGGAUAAACUUGAAGAUGAAGGUUUUGUAUUUGUCAAAGAGCUCACUCUGGAUGUGCAAAAUGUAGUAGCCCCUCCAAAACCAAAACCCUCUGUCCAAAAAGCAAUUUCUACGAACGAGGAUUCAGGUUCUUCCCCCUCAAAGACUCCGGAAAAAUCAGAUACAAUUUCAGGUUCCUCAGAGCCAAUUCAUGAGAAAGAAUCACCUCGCAACAGAAGUGAGAACGGUGUGGCAAGAAGUCCUCCUGAGAGUCCUGCUGGAAGGAUUGCAAUGGAGAGCCAAUCGCGUGAUUUUCGAGAUUCUCCAUCCAGAGCAGGAAGUGGUGCUGAUGGUUCACCCCAUGCCAAAGAAAUCAAAAGUGACAUGGGUGGCAAUGAAUCAGCGAAUUCUGGGGACAGAAUUGGCGAUUUACCAGCAUGGGGUACAUUUGACCAACAGUACGAUACUGAAUCUAAUUGGGGAGCUGAUUCUGUUAGUGGCAAGGAGUUGGAUCAUGAUAGGCUGGGUGGAAGUUCUUUAUUUGGCAUGGGUGAUUUUAGUAUAAAUCCCAUAAGAACAGGCCCCUCACGUGCGGAUAACUUGCACCAAGGGAAGGGCACAUCUUUAUUUGCCGAUUCUGUUCCGAGCACUCCUGCGGGCAGAAGCUUGUUUGCAGAUUCUGUUCCAAGUACUCCUGUAUAUAACCAGGGAAGAGGCUUGUUUGCAGAUUCUGUUCCAGGCACCCCUGCAUAUAACCAGGGAAGAGGCGUGUUUGCAGAUUCUGUUCCAAGCACCCCAGCAUAUGCUCAGGGGAAGAAUAGCUCUUUUGGGUUUGCGGAUUCAGUUCCCGGCACCCCUGCCUAUAAUUUUGGGAACUCUCCGAGACGGUUCAGCGAAGGAUCAGAGGACUACAACUUUGACAGCUUCUCUAGGUUUGAUUCGUUCAAUUUGCCGGACAGUGGAUCAUUUCAGACAACACAGAAUUCUCUCGGAAGAUUUGAUUCCAUGCGCAGCACUAGGGACUCUGAGCAAGGUUAUGGUUUCCCGUCAAGGUUUGAUUCAUUUAGUGAAUCCAGAGACUCUGAUCAAAAUCAAGGAUUCUCAAGGUUUGAUUCUUUCCGAGACUCUGAUCCGGGUCAAGGAUUCUCACGGUUUGAUUCGUUCAGAGACACUGAUCAGAGUCAAGGAUUCUCUCGAUUUGAUUCGUUCAGAGACUCCGAACAGAGUCAUGGAUUCUCUCGGUUUGAUUCGUUUAGAGACACUGAUCACAGUCAAGGUCUCCCAUCAAGAUUUGAUUCAUUUAGGGAGAGCGAUAACAGUCACGGGUUCAUGUCAAGAUUCGAUUCAUUUAAUGCUAAUGACAGUGGAUUCUCCGAAAAUUCAUUUGCAACGUCCGAUUCAGUACGUGGCCCUAAUGACCAUGAUAACAGUCAUGCUUCUUUGUCAUUUGAUGAAACGGAUCCGUUUGGUUCUACUGGCCCGUUUAGGACAUCAGCUGGGAGCGAAACUCCAAAAAGUUCUGAUAAUUGGAAAGCUUUUUAGUAGCCUGACGCUAGGUGCGGUGGCCUUGUUCUUCAUUAUGUGUGGGGUUGAUGAAUCGUUUUUGGUUUGAUUUUGCAGAUAUUUUUUGCUGUGUAAAAUGGAGAACUCCUUUGUUUUUUGACAUUUUCUUGAUAUGGAGAGAAUGAUUGUAUGUAAUUUUUUCCUCAAACAUAUAUUCUUAAUACACUCAUCUGAUGCUAUAUAUUCAGGUUCAGUUGAAUUACCUUUUUGAGACA